AAUUCCUUGUAACAAUGGGAUUUGUUGUUGUGUCGGUAUUACUAUGCUUUUCAUUCAUACCUUUCUACCUCACCUUGGUUGAAUCGAUAGAUAUAGAUGGCAAUCAUGAAAAGAACACCUUAAGACCUGAAACUUUCCAGUCUCCUUGGAGAGUCAAUAUCACGGAUGAAGGCACCAACAUUGUUUCUCAUUAUGCAAUGUGGCACACAGAUCCAGGAAAGUUUUAUGGCCUCCGAGCUGAAAUGAGUAUAUGGGCUUCACCAAAUCAAGAAAACUCUCAAGAAUCUGGAGCAUCCUUACAAAUUUAUUGUCAAGAUGGAGAAAAGUACAACUUAAUUCAAGACGGAUUUCACGUAUCUCCCUCUUUGUACCAUAACAAAGAUAUUCGAUUCUUUACAUAUUGGACUAAAGACUUGAAAUCAAGGGGGUGUUACAACUCGCAGUGCACGGGUUUUGUGCCUGCAAGUGGAGCUGAAUUGGUGCCUGGGCAAGCCAUUGCUCCUCCAUCCAUUUAUGGAAAACAAGACCACUACAUUAGGCUUAGUGUCAACAAGGAUCCACAUUCUGGAGAUUGGGUGAUAUAUCGUCAUGAUUUAGAAAAACCAUCAUUCUUGGGGCAUUUUCCGGAGGAGCUUUGCCUUGGAACCACGCGUAUACAAGCAGCGACUGGAUUUGUGAAUUACUUGAAGAAUGCACGUGGUCCUCCUAUGGGUAGCGGCAACUUUCCGAAUGACGACGAUAAGAAAUCAGCCUACUUUAGGCGUGUUAAGUUCUACAACUCCAAGGGCCAAGCUUUCGACCCCUUUAACACUCAGAUGGUCCGUUUAGUUGAUAGGCCAGAUUCUAUAAUGUAGAUGAUUUCCUUCUUGAAUUUAAGGAGGGUUAUUCAUUCCACUAUGGUGGACCAAGUGGUUGUAUUGGCUGACAACAUAAUUCAUAUUACUUCUUGGGGUUCAAUAAAUAGAAAGUAUGUUCUUCA